AUGUCCGGGCGUCUAGCACCUGGACUAACAGAGCUUCAUUGUCAUGCAACUGGCCCAGACCGCUCUCACGCUACCUUCGCUCCACCGUGCACACACACCCGCGAAUAUCCGGACUCCCUUACCACCUUUUGCACACACGCCUUUUGCAUCGGCAUCGCAGUGGAAGCUUCUGAGCCUCGACAGCUCGCUACGGCCACCCAAGUUCAAGGUUGCCCAGCUGUCGAGCUCGAGCAUCCUGAAUCACUUCUGGUCCCAUUCACCGUGCCUUCCUCAUCGGUGCCAGUCUUGAGUGAGAUGCGGCAUUGGUCGUCUUCGGGUCGUCGAAUCGGGCCGGUCAGUGAUUUUCCUGUUCCUGCGGCAGCCAUGUGUAUCGCACAACACAGCAUGGCAUGGCCCAAAGAGGCGAAGCUUGAAGAGACGUAUUACGCCGCGCUCAAGAUUGCAUCCGAAAGAAAGGGAUAG